UCCGUUAAAAAUACAUAAUUACAAUAAAAAAAUGUAGUAUACAGUGAUUAUUAUGCAAAAAGAGUAUAUCUCUUUUUGUAAGAUUACGAAUUUUUAGAACGUUUCAAUAUCUGCCAUUAGGUUAGGGCCUAGUAGUAGGUGCGUAGAAGUACUGGUCUGUAUCCCAGUAUACCCCAGAGCACCAAGCCUAUACGCAUUGUACGCUAGGCAAUUAUAGGAUAGGAUAUUAUAAGUGUUAGAUUAGCUAGGAUAAUGUUGGAUAACGUUAGCUUGUAGUCAUUAGGAUUAGGUAGUUCCUGUACAGUAGGAGUGUGGCGUCAAGCUACUAUCCCGCUGUACACACUGUAAUUUGUCUUUGGCAUUUGUGAAUGACAAAUUGAAAUGUCAAGUUAAUGUCAAUGUCAGUUUUUAAAAGUAAACUCAAAUUUACUAUUAGAAGGGCUGUGUAAAUAAAUAUAUAAUUAUUUUUAGUUAAAUUUAGAGAUUAGUGUUGCAAAACAUAGCUCGACUUCGUCUGAGGUAGUGUACAUAGCAAGAGUUCGUCUUCGCAUUGAAGGUUCGGUCUAAAUCGUGCAGUACUGCGGCGGCGGCGCUACCGCAAUCAAUCACGGUGUUCGCAAUGUGGGAUUCGUCAGCGUUCUUGGGUGCGCUGACACCCAAGUUCUACGUCGCACUCACGGGCACCUCUUCGUUGAUCUCUGGGCUAAUCCUGAUCUUCGAGUGGUGGUAUUUCCGCAAGUAUGGCACGUCAUUCAUCGAGCAGGUGUCACUCACGCACCUCGGGCCGUGGCUGGGCGGCGGCGGCCCGGCGCCGGAGCCGGACGCGGCGGAGUGCAAGGUCUGGCGCAACCCGCUGUCGCUGCUGCGCGGCGCGGAGUACGGGCGCCUGUGGAGCGCCGCGCGCCGGGCGCCGCUCACGUACUACGACAUGAAUCUCUCGGCGCAGGAGCAUCAAGCUUGGUUCGGCUGCGGAGCUGAGGGCCCUGCGGAGGAGGCCAUGGCGCGCGCCUGGCGCGAGCGCGAGCCCGGCGCGCGUGUGGCCGCCGCGCGCGCCGCGCUCGCACUGCGCAGCGACUGCGCCGCCGCGCUGCUGUUGCUGGCCGAGGAGGACGCGCCCACCGUGCACGAGGCCGAGCGCGUGCUGCGGCGCGCCUGGCGCGCGGCCGAGCAGGCGUGGCGCGCCUCGGCGGCGGCCGGCGCGGCGGCCGAGGCGCGGCGCGACGCGGCCGUGCUGGCGCACGUCAAGCGGCGCGCGGCCAUGUGCGCGCGGCGCCUGGGCCGGCUGCGGGACGCGGCGCGCCUGUUCAGGGAACUAGCGCGCGACGCGCCGCCCGCGCUGCAUGCGCUGGCGCUGCACGAGAACCUGAUCGAGGUGUUGCUGGAGCAGAAGGCCUACGCCGACGUGCAGGUCGCUAUUGACUCUUCGAUCUCUUUCGCAUGCAGCGUGAUUACGCGUUCUGACUUCCUAAUUAUACGGUGUUCGGUGUACUAUUAG